GAUAACCUUUAGUACAAUGUCAUUAGUGUAUCAAAUAAAUAGAACAGUUUCAUACUCGUUCGGUAGAUCAACGAAAGCAGUUUAAAAAUUCGUGAUCCAUAUCGUGCAAAUCAACUUCUCAAAAAAGUCUGCGUGAACUUACUUUCAAAAUGUUGAUACCUUCUUGACUAAUCAUUCAUGAGCCCUUGGACUCGCAUAAACAUCAAACAGCAGUUUAAGAGGAAACCACAAUGACAAAGAGGAAAGCUUACAAACAAUCUCGACGUAAGCAAUAUCUUCAUCAAUCCCAGGAAAGUUUAUUACAAAAAUCAGAUACCUCUGACGAGGUCGAUUGCGUGCAACACAAAUGUACUCCAUUCAAGAAAAGGUCGAGGUCCACUGAACGACUUUUGCAUCAGAGAUCCCCAGAAUCUGUGCUCUUCGAAUCCGAUCAACCUGAUUUGUCAUGCUAUGACGAUUUAAGUCUAGAAAUCGUGCCCACAUUUCGUGAAAUAGAAUUAGAUCUAAAUAAAUUAGACAAAAAUGAGAAAGAAAAAAAAGUUGAACAAAAGGGACCAGAACUGAUCGAAAUAAAACAGGUAAAAAAUUUAUUUAAGCAGAAUAUCGACAAGUCUACAGAGAAAUGCUUUCCAUUGGACAAAACUUUGUCAAUGAACGAUGAAAUAAAAUUAGAAAUGAAUGACUGCCAGUCUCUGCAGGAGGAAAAAUCUUUUUCAAGGACUAGGCUCGACGUUUAUAGUUGCAAUAACCAACUUUGUUCCUCGAAAUCGGCUUACAAUUUUCCUUGCGACUAUACAUCAGAACUAAUACCGCAAUUUGCUAACUUUAAUUCAGAAUCAGAACCUCAAAAUGGAUACCACAAUUUUUUUGAUGAAUUUCAAACUACAAUCUCUGCUUGCGAGUCUGUGGGUCGAUAUGAAGAAAAAUGGGACGGACGGGAUCGAGAUACGAGAUAUGAAAUAGUAAAUGAGAAGAAUUCGCAGAAUUCGGCUGGAAAAAAAUUUAUUAGUAAUUGGAACGAGUGUAGACGAAUUCUUUCCAAUUUACGGCACUUGAAUAGUUUGAAGGUUCGAACGGCGAAUCAAGAAUUUUUUGGGAAUCUUUUACCAAAAUAUAAGAAAUGUGACGAAACAAGAUUACUGCAGAUGAGCCCAUUUUCUUAUAAUACACCAUCUUCGGAAGAAAAUUCAAACGAACGAACGAAUAAGCGUCCUUUUGUAGAUGAAACUGACAAGAUCGAUAAUAAAGUCGAUGACAUACGAGAUUAUAGGGAAGUAGAGAGUAAUACGAGAGUUAGAGCUCAUUCGUAUACUCCGUGCAGUGGCUUUCCACCACCUGCCAAAAGAUGUCGAACCACGCUGAAAUUUGACGAUGAAGAAGAUAUGGAGAGGUUAGAAAAACCUGUUGCUACUAACACGGUUACUAAUUUAUUACCAAUGGAGAAAAAAAAUGUUCAGAAACAUCUUUGUGCUAAACCGACGAUAACGAAGACGCCUUGGAGCGCUGACAGCUCUGAAUCUCCCACCACUUUAAUUUUGGAUCUUCCGGCUGUGCCUAAUUCUAAUGGAUGCAACAAAUGUCUCAAAGAUCCCACAUGCGCCAGCUUCCAUGGAAACAAAAAGUUUCAAAGAUUUCGUUCAGCCAAGAAACCCAUCGCUAAAAUCGUUCUGUUCUGCGUCUGGAUGAUAAAAAGAAUAACGGCUGUGUUGAAAGAGAGUUACGAAAACUUCAAAGCCGCUACAACAUCAACAUCGACGAGGCGGCAAAUGGAGGAGCUCAGUCAAAUCAUGAUAAAGUUACGCUCGGAGAACGAGCAGAUGAUCAACACAUUCCUGGACAAAGUUACUCGUUUGUCUGACCAAAUUACCCAGGUGCGUGCAAGCAACGUAAGUGUCAUCGGUGCUUUAACCGCAGAGGUUAGCGGCAUGCAAGACAUCAUCAAGAAGUUGGCCAGUGGUAACGAAACUUUGAUACAGGAACUACAAAGAUUGCAGCAAGCGUUGGAAGAUACGCGAACAAAAUCUCCAAAGAAAUCUCCGUCGCCUCCACCACCGAUACCAUCAGUUUCACUAUCAUCUACCCCGUUUGCUGUUUUUCCUCCACCUCCUCCACCUCCCCCACCUCCCCCGCCACCUCCAGCACCUCCUUUGCCAUUUCUGCCUCCACCAGCUCCUGCACUUCCGCCAGCACAGCUGCCGGCGCAGCCGAUUACACCGAUCACCCCGAACAACGGCAGAAGCGUCAGGAUGCCCUCGAGAAAGUGCUCAACACCGCUGUUUAAUAGGCCAGCUAUAACCGUCGAGGAUUUGCUGAAGGUGACCCUAAAAAAAGCACCGCAGAACGUUAAGGAGAACAGAAGAAACACAAUACCAGGACCAAAGGGGCCAGUGGUUUCCUUGGACAUGCUACGUAGCGUAAAAUUAAAAUCUGCCAGGCGCAGAACGAGCGAUCAGAUGUCAAGAUCGCCGAGGAGCGGACGAAUAAUUAAAACGCGAACAGCACCGAGCCUCAGCUUGUCUCCGAUCAUGAAGGGCACAGAUAACUCGUUGAGUAGAAUUCUGAAGCAGGUGGAUAUUAAUAAACGACCACGACGUCUGUUGACGAACUCGUCGAGUUUUCGCGAGAACAUUAUCGGAAAAGAUAAUCAGUCGCAGAAAGUGGAAGCCAGUGGUUCGCGAUCGAUGAUUGUGUAAGCGCGUUAUAGUUGAUAAUCGUGGAUUAAAGGAAUCUCACGCGGUCAAUGCAAGAGAUAUGUAUACAAUAUUAGGAAAUUAAAUUAUUCCGUGAUUAAGUAAUCGAUAUACAACAGAUUGGGUCACCUAAUAUAUAAAGAAUAUGUUUGUUUGUGAUAUCAGAGGAUUUAAUGUAUGCCGAGUGUUCUCUUAUAGCAUCGUAACUUCACAAAAAUGUAGAACAUAAGACGAUGGUAUUUUACAGCGUGUAAUUAAGAUAGUUGUAUUCCACACCCUGUAAUAAUGCCUGUCUCUAAUUGCUAUCAGUAUUGGAUUCGUUUAUAUAUAUAUAUGUAUAUUUUUUUUUAUGUAUUAAAUUAUGAUUCUGUGACGUUCAUUAGAAUUGUUAUUGAAGAUCCUGGUUUCAGGUGACUCCCUCUGAACCGAUGACACAUGACGCGAUACAGACAAUAUUUUAUAUAUUUAAUUAUAAUUUUUAACAGUGACGCGUAUGUUGAUAUUUAGUAAUAUAUAUUAAUAAAGAUCCGAAGAAACGAUUAGAGAGUUGUAAUUACUUUAUUUGUAGCUUUCACGUGUGUGUGUGGUUUUACAGAAAAAGGUCGUAUCCGGUGUAAUCGCAUUGAUUGUAAUAAUAGUUAGUAGUAGUAAUAGUACAGAGCGUGAGAACGCAUACGAAUCCGAAAAAAGAAACGACAGAUUUAGUUCUCCUCCAAAUGACGAUAAAUUUCGAUAUCCAGGUCUAAUUAUUCGCUCUCGUGAACUGGGUUAGCGACAAGAUGGAAUGAUCCGAAGAUAAUUAUAAGAAGAAAUAGAAAGAGAUACACAACUAAUGUUUAGAAUACAGAGAUAAGAGCAAAUAUAUUACAUCUAGAAAGAUGGAACAAUAGAUGUGUAAUGUGGUAUGUGUUAUUUCCUUUUUACCGUCUUUCUCUUCCGUGUUUUUUCUUUUUUUAUAAAAAUUGACUAAGCACGCACAACGAUAAUGAAUAAAGGAUAAAAGCGGUCUCAAUCGAUACACCGAUCAUCUAUUAUUCGUCCCUAAUAAUCCUACAGUGAAAUUCAGGUGGUAUCAAUGCCUACCUACGAUUUUAUUUUAUUUUAGCCGAGAACACUACAUUUACGUUUUUUGUUUUUUUAUUAAUUUCAUUAUGAAUCACACGCUACAUCGUCGACGAUAAUAAUAAUGUUAUCGCGUUUGGCUACUCAUCUUGUUUUUAAUCCAUCGUGUAAGCAAGUAAUUGGAUGAGGUAUCUCACAGUUUAUCGUCGUUUGGAAUUCAAUUUAUGCCACAUUCAACUGCCACUGACAAGUUUUCUUUACUGUACCUUAAAAUUUUGCUUUUUCUUUUUUUUUCUUUUUCAAAGAUUUAUCGCUCGUACGCGUGGUAUGUUAUGCACGUAUUACGUAUAUUUUACGUAAA